AUGAAUAACAAAGUCAAUUUGCCCUAUGAAACGUGUGAAAUAAGGAAAGUAGCCUUUGAGCUCCCCAAGGAAUUCCACCCGAAUGUGAAAUACGGCUUCCUCAGAAAUUUUCUUUUCGGGAAAUACACCUUCUACUACUUCAAAAGCAUUUUUAAAGUAUCCGCAAAGGUGUCUGCAGGUUUUCUCCUUUUUUACUACCCCCUGGAUAAAGUCCAUUGCAACAUCCGCAGAUUUAAAAAUAAUUUAAAAAAACAGAAUUAAACUUCUUACCACUUGAUGAGUUCGUAAAGAUGGCAGGAACAUUCGAGUAACGCGAAAAAGGACGAACCUCUCAUUUUUGGAAAGCCUUUUUUCUUAGCAGAUAUAUUUCAUGCAAACGUUUUUA